AAGUUCACGAUGCUUCCAUGAAAGUGGGUGGGACUAAUUGUAGUCCUUUGUUUAUAGCCAGGCAGGCUGAGAGUGGCAGCGCAGAACAUGGCAUCUCUAAAAGAUGUAGACAUUGAGUUAACUCAAGUUGAGGCGAAUGAUGGCGAUGGAAGGAGACGUUCUGAAGAGAAUGAAGACGAUGAUCAAGUGGUUCAAGAGAAUUUAGCCUAUAAAGAAGGCAACGACCCUCCUGCACACAUUGCUGCUCUAUCCAAGAACUUUGAUGAGUUGAAAGGACUAAUUAAAGAAAAUCCACGAUGCAUCUAUGAUGAGGGUAUUUCUGAGCAAACAGUUCUUCAUGAUGCCGUCGAGAGUGGAGAUCUAGAAAUAGUCCGUUUCGUUUUGGACACUUCUGAGAACUAUCCACCUAUCGGAGAUAAUUUUCUAAACCUAAGAGAUGUCUCUGACUUUACACCACUUCAUCUAGUAGCUAUCCAUGGAUCAGUGGAGAUUGCAAAGCUGCUUAUUAAACAUGGAGCUAGUGUAAAUCCAAAAGGUGCAACUAAGAAGGACUUUAAAACUCCUUUCCAUAAAGCUGCUUACUACGGCAAAGUUGAGCUAGCUUUGUAUCUACUGCAACAGGGAGCUGUCAUCAGUUACCAAGCCUUUAGCGACAUUAUCGGAGGUGGAUACGAGAAGCUUGCCAAGGCUGUCAUUGAGACUGACCAAUGGCCUCUCGCCUUGCGAGGCACGUACAAAAGACAUGGGAAGAAAACAACAGCUUUCCGAGAGUUGAUUGCAAAAAUGCCAGACGUUGCUGAGAUUGUUCUGAAUCGUUGCACGGUUGAAAAGGAGAGUAAUAAAAAACAGCAAAGUCGUGAAGGCAAAAACUAUGAAGUGCUGUUUAACUACGAAUUUAUCGAAGAUUACAAUGGUGGAGACACUGGGAAGCAGGAAAGUGCUAACCGUCAAAGUACAGCGGAAAAUGAAAAAGUGAACAAGCAGAAAAGUGACGGUUCAAAGAAAAAAACAUAUAAAACCAGUUUUGCUGAGAUCACAGCAGACCAGCCCGCUACUCAUCGCUGGGGGCCCAAUAUAUUUACCAAGGCAAACCAUCCUUUACAAAUAAUGGUGAACUACAACCAAAUGAAUUUGCUCAAUCAUCCUGUCGUGGGUUCUCUCGUUCAUCACAAAUGGAAGAAGUAUGGUUUCGCGCUCUACAUAACAAACCUCUUCGUUUUCGUCUCGUUUCUGGUACUCCUGACAACUUUUGCACUGAUUGUGCCCAACCCAAAGAGUGAAGAUUGUAUUUUAAGAAAUGCAUCCAACUCAACAGUGUGUCCAGAUACUAUUGAAAACAAGAGAGUGUCUAUUUUCGUACUAUCUGUUUUCGUUCUGAUUCUGGCGUUUCUGAGAUUUGUAUUCGAAUUUAUCCAAUUUGUAACGCAGACAAUUUCGUUUGUUGUUGACUGCAAAUACUGGCCGCUAGAAUUUACUCAGCUCUUACCUUAUGUCACUGACUGGGUGAACUGGAUUGAAAUAGCUCAGUACACUUGCACAAUAGUUUUCUCUAUCGGUAUACACACCACCGACUGUUUCUGUUCUUCUAGCGAACUUUGGCAGACUGGAGUGGUGGCUGUGUUUUUGGGAUGGACUGUUUUGAUAUUGUUCAUAUCGAAAUUUCCUAUUGUUGGGAUUUAUGUGAUUAUUUUGAUUCGAAUCUGCAUCACUUAUCUCAAGAUGUUUUUACUCACCGUUCUAAUGGUUUUCGCUUUUGCAUUAACAUUCUAUUUGAUCUUUUUUGAUUUGAAUAUUAUGCGUUCACCAUUUGCUGAUCCUGGCAUAUCGCUAAUGAAAACUAUGACAAUGUCAACUGGAGACGUGAGCUUCGACACCAUCUUUCGACUGGACCCAUCUGGAGACAGCGAUGGGAAACAGCAGAUUCAGUACCCUCCCUUAUCCUAUAUCAUCUGGUUCCUGUUCAUUGUAUUCAUGCCUGUCAUUCUCGUCAACAUGCUGACAAGUUUAGCUGUUGACGAUACUGAGAAAAUCAGAGGAGAAGCUCAAUUGCAAAACCUCGCCCUUCAAGUUGACCAGGUGUUAGCUAUCGAGGAACUCUACUUCAAUAUUAAGAGAUUCUUGCCAAAACGAUUGGUUAAGGUUUUGGACAAACGAAUAAUUCGCUACCAAAAAGUGACUCCAAAUGAAGAAAAGAAGUGGCCCUUGCUUAAUGAUUUCUACUUUGAGCUCUGGGGUGGCUGUCGCUACGACCGCAAUGAUGUCAUCGUCAGGGUUAUUGACCCUCCAAAGACAGAGGUGCUUGAGAGAGUGCUGGAGCUGGAGAAAGACAUGAAAGGCAUCAAGAAUGACAUGGCGGAUAUCAAAGAAGACAUGACGGACAUCAAGAAAGACAUGACGGACAUCAAGGCUUCCCUGCUUCGGCUACUGCCUGAAGUUCUAGACCGAAGUGUAUGAAGACUAAACUGUGACAGCAAGUAAAGGUUUUACUGCACAAACACAUCAAACAGAAGUUUAAAAAUUUUUUUGGUAUAAUUAUCGAGCUAUAGAUUAUAGACUAUAAUUUAUGAUCAAAACACUCUGCAGACUUAUAGGUCAAUCUAUAUCGUAUAUAUACGUAAUAUUAAUUGAACUUACAUUGCAUUGAUCGUGACUUUUUAGUACAAUUUUCUUAGACGUAUGCAAUAAUAUAAUAAUGUUGAAGUACUUUUAUAUAAAAUUAUAAUUAUCAUACGUUGGAGAUUUUGAUCCAUAUAUGUGCA